GGCUGUGGGCUCGCAGCUGUGCCCCUUCGUAAGUUGGGGGCCCCUCAAGCAACUUUCUAGCUGGUAGGAAGACCGUGAGCAAGCCCGCGGACCUCCCAUUCAAGACUGACUUUCCUCGCGGCCGCGAACACUGGCAGAGACAUUAUCACCAGUGGGUCAUGGACGCAGUCCGUCAAGGUUAUCUCAUCAACGCAAGUCAGGAGCUCGAGUGCGACAGCGUGCCUAGACCUGUCGACUGGGACACAUAUUAUUGGGCUCCAGUCCCCAGCAAACACGUAUAUCCCCUCCCCCGAUCACUCUCAAGACGUAUUCCCCUCGAUGUCUUUUACAACGUCUUCUCUCACCUCUAUACGGAGACGGAGCGUUCGUCGGUCGCGCUCGUCUGCCGGGAGUGGUAUCGGUGCUCAGGCCACAUCCGCUAUCCGGACCUGUGCAUUCGCGACCGGGAAGGUCUCAUAAUUCUACGCGAUCUGUGCCUCAAUCGCGAUGCGCGGGUAAGGCAGAGGCUCAGUCGCACCACCACACUCCGGAUCCACCAGCGCUAUGGCGACGUGCGCUUCUGCGAUAGCGUACCUUUGGUCUUGGGUGCUUGUAUGCCGGACGUGCGCAAUCUCGUCUUCGAGGGAUGCAUACGUCCGUCAAUGCACCUGACCUUCACCAGAGGUCUGCGCCUGUUCAGAAAUCUCCGUAGCCUGGAGAUUGUCGACUUCGUCUUGGCCAGCUUCGGCCAGCUUCGCCGCAUCAUCCUCGCAUCCCCACAGCUGGACACCCUGGUUCUGCGUGACGGAAAAUACGCACUGCCAGUGCGCCCUCAGGCUUCGGCUCUGUCGUUAGCUCCUUCUGAGCGGCCCCAAACUCACGUAUCCGUCCCACAUCUGCAGCGGCUCGAGCUAUGUCACUUGGAUAUCGGGCUACUUGCCGCUCUGGUCGAUUGGUUCGUCACGGUACACCCGCCGUGUUGCCAGCACGUAACAUACCUGACCAUCACCGAGGUCACCGGUGGCGCCCAUUUGUUGACCCGACUUCUGCAAGUGAUUGGCCCCUCGUUGGAGCACAUAUCUCUGGCUGGUAUGCCAGGACGAAGUACGUCAUCGCUUUCAACAGUACCUUUGCCCUCUCUAAAAGUGUGUUGAUAGUGUGCGACGUUGGGUAUGCAUCUGCACUGAGUUUAGCGUGGAAUCCGUCCGUGCGGCGCCUCGACGUCCACGUUGAACAGGAAGCCAGUGAGUCGUUCAAGCAGUUCGUUUCUG